AUGGGUGUCGAAUCAACUACUUCAGUAGACCCCUUUCUUCUGUCGGCAGUCAUCAGUGGGAACUGGGGAUAUUAUACUGAGUCAGUGACGUCGGGAACAGGCGCUUGGAACGCUACUUUAGCCUCAUAUGAUUUGAUGGCUAAAUUCUACACCGCUUUCAGCAGCGCCUGCGCCUCUCCUACUAUAUCGGCCACUGCGGUAACUACUACGAUGCAACUGUUAACAUUUUCAAACCUUCCAGACGGUGCGAAGGGUUCAAUUACAACAACAACCGAAACAGUCACCCAGUACGGGUGUAACCCAUCAGCGGUGCCCGUCAUGUCAUGGACAGUCCAAGAUAGCGGGUCUAUUUCAGGUCUUGAUCCUAGCGGAACGCUAUAUGCUACGGUUGCAAAGAGCCAGUUCACAUUAGCGAACCUCGACGCAUGGCUUUGGUUGCUAGCAUUUAGAUUUGCGCAUUUGACCGUCGGAACCCUCGCCUACGGAAAAGUCACCCACCAGUCGGGCAGAGGACCAGCGUUGUCAUACGAUUACCCCUUCUUUAACGUCCCACGACUGAUACAGCUCAUUUACAAGGAUGAUAUCAAUACCGAACUGGAACAGAUAAAUAUACAAAUGACAUGGAAGGAUGCCGAUUCUAAUACUCUACUUUGCGAGAUCCUAGUGAGUAUUAUGAUGGCGCUGGUUUCGUUCAUUCAGCCCGAGGGAGACGCACUAUUAGAAUCAUUUGGUAUCGAAGUAUCAGAUGAGGCCAAGGCCCUUAUCAAUAAAGGGAUACAAAAAGGGAUUAAAGCGGGUGGAAAAUCGCUCAGAAUGGGUUGUGUAGGUGAAUCGGAGAAUUCUUUUGGAUGA